CUCAAUGCGCCGGGAAUCUGUGGCUGUACAUUUAAUUAGGUCUUACGCGCAGUUUUUGUCGCUGCUUUCCUCCGCUAGUCAUGGUGUCCGAGAAUAAGGGUCAGCCCGUGCAGAGCAGGAACUUGCCAUGGGUUGAGAAAUACCGGCCUCAGACACUUGAUGACCUGAUUUCCCAUCAAGACAUAUUGAGCACAAUUCAGAGAUUCAUCAGCGAAGACAAACUCCCUCACCUUUUAUUCUAUGGACCUCCUGGGACUGGGAAGACCUCUACAAUUCUUGCCUGUGCAAAGCAGCUUUACAAAGAUCGAGAAUUCAAUUCUAUGGUUUUAGAGUUGAAUGCUUCAGAUGACCGGGGCAUAGAUAUUGUCAGAGGACCGAUUUUAAGCUUCGCAAGCACAAGAACCAUUUUUAAAAAAGGCUUCAAGCUUGUGAUAUUGGAUGAAGCAGACGCAAUGACUCAGGAUGCACAGAAUGCUCUGAGAAGAGUGAUUGAGAAAUUUACAGAGAACACUCGGUUCUGCCUUAUCUGCAAUUACCUCUCAAAGAUCAUACCAGCUCUGCAGUCCAGGUGCACCAGAUUCCGCUUUGGUCCUCUGAGUUCCGACAUGAUGAUUCCUAGACUUGAGCAUGUCGUAAAGGAAGAGCGUGUAGACAUCAGCCCUGAUGGAAUGAAAGCCUUGGUGACCUUGUCCAAUGGAGACAUGCGCAGAUCACUGAAUAUCUUACAGAGUACAAAUAUGGCUUAUGGGAAAGUAACAGAGGAUACUGUGUAUACCUGUACCGGCCAUCCCCUGAGGUCUGACAUAGCCAAUAUUCUCGACUGGAUGCUGAACAAGGAUUUUACUUCAGCUUACAAAAAUAUUAUGGAGCUGAAGACGCUGAAAGGCCUGGCUCUUCAUGAUAUUUUAACUGAAGUCCAUCUCUAUGUGCAUCGAGUGAACUUCCCAGCAUCAGUUCGAAUGCACUUGUUAGUCAAGAUGGCUGAUAUAGAGUACAGACUGGCGUCUGGGACAAGUGAGAAGAUUCAGUUGAGUUCUCUGAUUGCAGCUUUUCAGGUGGCCAGAGAUAUGGUUGUUGCUGAAGCCUAGAGCCAGACGUGGAUACCAAUCAAAUGACAGCAUUACUCCGUGACUCCAUAGCAAGUCUAAGGGCCAGAGAGAAACUGACAGAACCCACAAUUUUAUUAUGAUGCAAUCAUAUAGUGAUGUAUUUUGAGGGAAGAGGACAUUGUACAUAUGUGAAUACAUUGGUAUGAACAAUCUUUGCUAAAAUAAAACCAAUUCCUGUGGUA